AUGGCACACCAACAAAGACAAAGCAGUCUCGACGAGGUCGUGGGCCGCAUCCCUCCGUCGGCCCUGCGCGACAUCUGUGCUCGAGACCCGCACCUCAACUCCCCCCAGCCCAGCUCAGCCGGCAACAAGGAGAACGAGGCACCACCGUCUUCCACCGCGCCCAACCGCCCACCGCGCCUGGCCAAGACCACCACAAUCGCCACCAAGACGAAGAUCAACACCAACUCGAACACAAAGAAGAAUAAGAAGAAGCUGACCGCACGCGAGGCGCGCAGUCUUGUCGUGGCGGAGAUUGAGCGGCUGGCCGUGCGCGACUUCUGCCACCACGCGCCGACGGCGCACCUGCUGGCGGCCGUUGAUGCACUGGGCAUUGAUCACGCCGCCAUGGGCAACAGUGCCACCAGUCGCUCGGUGGCGGUCAAGCGCCUGACCGAGCACAUCGCUUCCCUCUCCGGCACACAGAGCAGCGGAGCUGGGCUCGUCGCCUUCCUCGGGAAUGAAGCGUCGGUGGAACUGGUGGACGACCUCGUCACCCGCCUCGUCGCCGAUGACGAGUCUGUCACUGCGCGCAGCAGCCAGACCAAGAAGGUGAAGGCGGUGGCGCAGGCGCUUCAACAUGAAGCCAUGUUGGCCUUCUUCGAGUCCUUCCCGGAGGCGCAGCUGCACGACAUCUGCUUCGCGAUGAAGAAUGAGAAGCCGCAGGGCGAGACCUCGAGCCGCAGGGUUCUCGCGGCCUCCAUCGUCGGCGACCAGCCCGUCAGCCAACUCACCAAGGCAGAGGCCACGCAGAAGAAGGCCAAGACCACGGCGGCCAAGCCGCAGAAGCUGUCCCGUAGAAAGCCCGAGCUGGCCGACGGUGUGACCUACGCCGACGUGUUCCAGUGGUACAACCUGUCCGAGCUGCAGGCCUUUGCGCGCGACCACUCGCUCAAGGUGUCGGGCAAGAAGAAGGAGCUCAUCCACCGCAUCCUCGACCACCUCGCCGACCCCACGCCCUCCGCGCAGCCAGCGCUCACCAAGGCCAAGGCCAAGAAGACGAAGACGAAGAAGAGCUCUUCCGACACUGGCCAUGUCGCACCAACGCCGCCGACUGGCGCCGCACACAGCAAGAGGGUUCAAGAGCUGCUGGAACGGAUUCUCCAGGGGUGCAAGGCGGUCAACAAGCCGCUCUCCGAGGCUCAGAUCGACGAGUGCGAGAGGGAACUCAAGAAAUCGCAAAAACGAAACGAAACGAAAACGAAAACGAAAACGAAACGAAUACGAAAACAACAGAAGGGAGAGGGCGCGAGACUGCCGGACGCGUUGCGCCAGUUGUACGCCACGUGCAAUGGGUUCUGCGUGCAUGGUGACUGGACCAGCGGCUUUUACAUCUUUCCCCUGAUCGAAGAGGGCGAAUCACGCCCUGUAGACAACGAAGUGCUCGCGGGCAAUGGUGAGGAGUGGAUCGAUGGCGCGGUGAAGAAGUACGGUAUCAGGCCUGAGCAGAGCGUGGCUCACCGCUCGUGGCUCUCGCUGGCCGGCCAGUCCGAGUACGAGUACAUGUUCAUCAACGUCGACCCGGCCUCGCCCGACUUCGGCACCGUCAGGUGGUGCAUCAACAGCGUCGACGAGGAGGGCGAGCGCUGCGCCGACCUGGAGGCCCUGCUGGCCCAGGUGGUCCGGUAUGUGGAGAGACGCGAGAGCGCGCGGCGCGAGUACGCGGCGGAGGACCCCGAGGCCGACGCGGAGACGCUCGAGGACUGGGUGGUGGAUCAGGUCAUGAUGGACGAAGAUGAUGACGAUGAUGACGAUGAUGAAGAAGAAGACAAGGAAGGAAGCGAUAGUGGUGAUGAUGAUGGUGAUCAGGAGGUGGACGAAUGA